AUGAUCACUAACCGUAGUGCAAGUAGUAGUAGCAGUGGAGGGAAAAAGCUAUUCAUUGAUGCAACUUUUGGAGCUGGUGGAUACACGAGAGAGAUUUUGAGAGCUUAUCCAGGAUGUAAAGUUAUUGGAAUUGAUACUGAUUAUUACAAUAAUCCUACCAUUAAGGAGAAUGAAAAGUUGAUACAUGAAGAAUUUGGAAAGGAGAGAUUGGAAGUGCAUUGUGUCAAUUUUAGAGAAAUUAAGAAAGUGGUUCAGGAAAAAAUAGUGCCACAAUUAAAAUCAGAUACAAGUAAUGUGAUUGAUGGAAUAGUGUUUGAUUUGGGAGUUUCUUCAAUGCAAUUGGAUCAAGGGCAUCGAGGUUUCUCCUUCCUUAGAGAAGGUCCACUUGCUAGAGAUGUAGUGAAUAAUAUGAGUGAACUCGAUUUGAGAAUAAUGAUUACAAAAUUUGGAGAGGAUGACAAGGCAUAUCGUAUUGCUAAAGCUAUCGUAGAUUAUAGAAAUAAUGUAAAACCUUUUGAGACCACCCUUGAAUUGGCAAAUUUAAUUGAAAAAAUAACACCAUUCCAUGAAAGAAAAAAGAAGAGAAUUCACCCUGCCACAAAGACAUUCCAAGCUAUUAGAAUUUUUGUGAAUGAUGAGUUGAGUGCUUUACAGAAUGCUCUCUAUGCAUCCAAAGAUAUUUUAAAGAUUGGAACAGGAAGAUUGGUUGUGGUGAGCUAUCAUUCAUUAGAAGAUCGUAUUACAAAAGAUUUCAUGAAAGAGAACCAAGAUUCCUUUAAAAAGAUUACAAAAGGAACAAUCAUACCUGAUGAUGCAGAAGUUGAAUUCAAUGUGAGGAGUAGAAGUGCCAAACUAAGAUGUGCACAAAGAGUAGAGAACAAUAGGACGGACGAGGAUUAUUAA